AUCGCCAAGCACUUCAAGGCCAGGGUGGCAGGUACAGCCGGCACCCCCGCCGGCAUGGACGUGGUGAAGCAGGCGGGAGCGGAUCUUGUCGUCUGCCACAGGGACAAGGACUACCUCAAGUCCGUCAUGGCAGAAGUGGACCAAUGACCGUGGCGUGGACAUCAUCCUGGAGAUGCUGGCCAACGUCAACUUGCCCGUAGACUUCAACACGAUUGGACAGAAUGGCCUCAUCCUGGUGAUUGGAAGCCGGGGCGAUGUGAAGGUGAAUCCCUGCUGCCUGAUGGGGAAGGAGUCUGCGGUCAUGGGGAUCGCACUCAUGAAGGCAACGCCGGAGGAAUGGCAAGCCAUGGCAGAGAACGUUGCGCGGGGCGCGGAAGAAGGCUGGAUCAAGCCAGUCAUGGACCGCGUUUAUCCGCUGGGAGGGGCCAAGGCCGCCCACCACGACCUCAUCAAUAGAAAGGGGGCCAAGGGGAAAGUCACGCUCGACCCGGACCAGUGAACACCUCCCCACAUGGCAGGCGUAAAUUUCUUGCGUGCCACGUUUCGUAAAUAAACUUACGAGCUCGGA